GACGGCUAUAGUAAAUAAUCAAAGGAAAAUGGCGACUGUGUACGUCUGGUUGCUGGUCUUAGGGUCUGUGGUCUUGUGCAACCUCGUCAAAAUGUUGUUACCUUCAAUUUCCUCAUAUCUGUCCAAAGUUUUCCAGAAGAAUGUGGAAGAUGAGAUAGAGAUGAGGGCAGCGAUUCAGGCCAUGAAGAAGGAGCUUUCUUCCAUCAACAUGAUGGAUGAGUUCGCCAGGUACGCACGGCUCGAGCGCAAGAUCAACAAGAUGACGGACAAGUUGAAGACUUAUGUUAAAUCCAGAACUGGUCAGCAGACCAAAAUCAAAUGGGUCGUCAACAUAGUGUAUUAUAUUUUGCAGGCUGUGCUGAUGAUCUCUCUGAUCUGGAAACACUAUGCUGACCCAGUGACGGUCUUGCCCAGUAAGUGGAUUUCUCCUCUAGAGCGAAUGGUGGCCUUCCCAUCUGGAGUAGCAGGUGGUGUUGGAAUAACAUGCUGGCUCGUUGUUUGUAACAAGGUAGUGGCUAUAAUUCUCCAAGCGGUGGCUUGACAACCUAAACUUGACUGUCUACUUUGAGACCAAAUUAUGCAAUUGUUGUUGCUAUUUAGUUCAAUUUAAUGAGAAGAUUUGUAAAUAUUUUUCAUACACUGGCCUUGAUAUUUAAACGUUUUGUGUUGAGACUGUUUCUUUCUUUUUUUCACUGCAUUUUGAUAAACCAGCAGGGUUGUUUUGUUGCAUUUUUUUUCUUUACAAAUCCAUUCCUCUUCAUGAAACUAGUGAAAAAUUGUGGCUUUUAAUACUUUGGUUACAAUUUGUUCGUAUUCUGAAGGAUUCAAGCCAUAUCAUUAUUUAACCUACAUGACAGUGUUCUGCUUUCCAUUUGUGUUUGUCGGUUGCCUACUUUUCUAACCCUCUUCCAGAAUUAUUCUUGUGGUUGACAUAUCAAUAAAAACAUGCCAAACAUUA